ACGGACGCGCGCCGAGUGCUUGCAGCGGCCGAUUCGGACACCGGCCGACAGUGAAUUGUCACCGCCGCCCAUCGCCAUGGUGCGUGCUGUAAUUGUCCGAUACAGAGGCGGCCGGCGCGCGUUCGCAGUUGAGCGCUGGCCAUAUUUCGGGCGCGCUGACGGGGCGCCGUGACGUCAUGGCCAGACGGUCGCGCGGUACGGUACAGUGGCCGGCGUGUGCCCAGCACUCUGCGCGUGCAGCCGGCAUUCCGUAUUCCGCCAUGACUGAGACGUCCGCUGCGCCAGCCGCCGCCCCCGCCGCCAAGGCGGCCAAGGCCAAGGUGCCUAGGGCCAAGCCCGCUCAUCCGCCCACCAGCGAGAUGGUGCAGGGCGCCAUCAAGGGCCUCAAGGAACGCGGCGGCUCGUCGCUGAUCGCCAUCAAAAAAUACAUCGCCGCCAACUACAAGGUGGACGCCGAGAAGCUGGCGCCUUUCAUCAAGCGCGUUCUCAAGUCCGGCGUGACCAGCGGUGCGCUUGUGCAGACCAAGGGCAAAGGCGCCAGCGGCUCGUUCAAGCUGUCGGCCGCCACCAAGGACAAGCCCGCCAAGAAGCCGGCCAAGUCGCCCAAAAAGAAGCCCGCCGGCCCGGCCAAGGCCAAGAAGACGCCCAAAAAGACCACCAAAAAGCCGGCUGAUAAGAAGAAGGCCACCAAGUCGCCGGCCAAGGUUAAGAAGGCCAAGCCCACCAAGGCCAAAAAGGCCAAGUCGCCGGCCAAAAAGCCCAAGGCGCCCAAGCCAAAAAAGUCGCCGGCCAAGAAGGCCGCCAAAAAGACCACUGCCAAGAAAUAGGCUGGCGUGCCACCACCCCCGUCCGUCGGGGUGCUGCAAUGGCUCUUAUCAGAGCCACAUAA